AUGCCACGUCGCGACCUGGGCCUUGAGUUUUGGAAGAUGACGCAGAAGUACGGCGACCUCGUGUAUCUGAACGCUUUCGGCAAGUCCAUGCUUGUCGUCGGGUCGUACCAAAUCGGGUGGGACCUGCUUGAAAAGCGAUCUGCGAACUAUUCAGACCGCCCUGGAUCUGUCAUGGCAGAGCUAACCACGUUUGACAGAAUGUUUCUUGUUUGCGGCUACGGCGAACGCUGGCGUCUCCACCGCCGCGUCUUCCACGAGUCGUUCAACAUCGACGCAGUCUCCCAAUUCAGACCCGCCCAACUGAACUCCGCUCGGCGAUUCUUGUUCGCCAUCCUUGAGUCCCGCCACGACAUCGCUGAACGCCUGAAAUUUUCGGUCGCCUCAAAUCUGAUACAGGUCGCGUACGGUAUAGACAUGACCGAGGAUAAUGAUGACAAGUACUUCGACAUGGUCGAACGCAUAUCGCAGACCGGUGAAGCGAUCGCAUUUCCUAUCCUGAAGUACCUGCCCUCGUGGCUCCCAGGCGGAGGCUUCAAGACGAUGGCGCGCGAGGCCGCGGAGCACAUGGAAAUGUGUGUCAGCACGCUGUACAACAUCGCCGUGGAUGGAAUCGUGAGUAUGACUUCCGACGCCGCGCCGCCUGGCUCGGAUACCAUGAACCAACGCUGUGAUACGGUCUUCUUCCUCGCCAUGGCGAUGUACCCCGAUGCCCAGCGCAAAGCGCAAGAGGAGCUCGAUCGCGUCGUCGGACCGGAUCGUCUGCCCGACUUCUCCGACAUGCAGUCCCUGCCCUACCUCGGCGCGCUCCUCAAGGAGCUGCUGAGGUGGCACGUCAUCACGCCCAUCUCCCUGCCUCACGGAGCCGUGGCAGACGACACGUACAACGGGUACUUUAUCCCCGCCGGGACUGCCGUCGCCGUCAACGGCCUCGCGCGCGAUCCCGAGCUCUACCCCGACCCGGACGCGUUCCUCCCGGAGCGAUACCUCGACGCGAGCGGCCAGCCGGAUCCCAGCAAGCCAGACCCUUCCGACUGGGCGUUCGGCUUCGGUCGCAGGAUCUGUCCCGGGCAGCACUUCGCGGAGGCGUCGAUGUUCAUCUACGCCGCAUCGAUACUCUACGCGUUCGGCAUAUCUCCUCCCGUCGACGCCGACGGGUCCCCUGUCGAGCUGGUGCACGACACGGCGACGAUCGGCGUCAUAGCGCAACCUCCCUUCCACGACUACGUCGUGAGACCCCGCUCUGCUCAUGCUGAGCAGCUCGUCAGCGGGGCCCGGCGGGACGCCUGA